AUGAGCCACACUGUGAACUCCAGUACCAUGAACCCGUGGGAAGUUGAGGCGUAUCAGCAAUACCACUAUGAUCAAGCCGCACCCUCGGCCGACCCUCUCUUCUUCCAUACGCUGUACGCCCCCGGCGGUUACGACAUUAUGAGCUAUCUGGUUCAAAUUAUGAGCAGGCCAAACCCCCAGGUGGACUUGGGGCCCGUUGACACGUCAUGCGCUCUGAUUAUGUGCGACCUGAAGCAAAAAGACCAACCAAUUGUAUACGCCUCGGACGCUUUUCUCUACAUGACAGGGUACAACAGCGCGGAGGUCUUGGGUAGGAACUGCCGGUUUCUUCAGUCGCCCGACGGCAUGGUCAAGCCAAAAUCGACGAGGAAGUACGUCGACCCUACCACGAUCAAGAGGAUGAGGAAAGCGAUCGACAAGAACGCCGAGGUGCAGGUCGAGGUGGUCAACUUCAAGAAGAACGGUCAACGGUUCGUCAACCUCUUGACGAUGAUCCCGGUGCGAGAUGAGACGGGGGAAUACCGGUUCAGCAUGGGCUUCCAGUGCGAAAAGGAAUGA